AUGCAUCUAUCGUUUGUGGUAAUUUUUGGGUCUAUGCAUAUGCUUUUCUUUGCUACCGAUAGUGGUUGGGCAUCGGCCGCAAAGUUACGCCAGGAAAAGAAUGGUGUAGAGGUAGACGAUGCAACGAGUGUCUCGGGCUGGCAGUUCUCCCGCGGCUUGAAAUCUGGUCAAAGUGAAGAACGGGUGAGUGAGACAGAGAAGAUAGCAUUUGGUAAAAUGUUGGGGGCAUUCUCAGAAAGACAACAACAAAUUUCAGAUGAGAUGCUUGAAGCAGCUCACAUAGCCCGAGGAAAGCUUUUCCUGGAACUCAUCAAUAAAGAAAUGGUAGACAAAAUGAAAAUUGACAAUGCGUACAAGACAACGAAGUUCGAAGAUUGGGCCGCCAGAAACGUCGACCCUCAAGAUGUGUUCCAUGCUAUAAAAGUUGGCGAACCAUGGUUUAAAAACGACGUGUUAAAAAGCAUCGCAGAGCCUUACUUAGACUUCACUCCUACGAAAGCUGCAGCGAUCACACCAAAAGAAUAG